AUGAAAUAUUUACUCGCUGAAUCAAUUGAACAGAUUAGGAAUUCAAGAGAGAACACUUCUGCUUUUAGCUCUUGGAUGCAGCGAAAACAAAUGGAGGACAAAAACAGGCCUUAUAAAGCCUUUCAUGAAAGAUCUUUAAAUGAAGUGAUUGCAUUGCAGGUUGAAUCAUUGAGGGCCACUCGUGAAGGUGGGCAAAAUCUAAGUCCAUUUGACUUUGUAUCUCAAGUCGUUGGUUUAACAAAUUCCAUGGCUGUUUCACCUGAGAACAUUGCAUAUUUAACUUGUUGUUGCCGCGGCAACUCUAGCUCAGCAACAAUCUCAAAUCAAUCACUUUUCUUCUGUAUAUUCAAUUCACAAAAAAGUUAUAUCCUCAUUUGUUAA